UCUGAUGGGCUUAUCUCUCGAACGGAAGAUUGGGCCUACCAAAUGCAUGGAUGGGCCUAGCAAUGUAUGGAUGGGCCUAUUAAUGUAUCAGAGAUCCAACCCUUUCAGUUCAGUAAACGUCCUCUCCUCUCUUCCUCUUCUCCGGCUUCUCUUCCGAUUGCAGCAGGCAGCUAUGGCUUCCUUCAACGAAGAAACCGCCAGGAAGUUGCUUACCCAGGUGGAGUUCUACUUCAGUGACAGUAAUCUACCCAGAGAUGAUUUCCUCAACAGGGAAGUCACCAAGAGCAAAGAUGGCCUGGUUAGUCUGCGUCUGGUUUGUUCCUUCUCUCGUAUGAGGAACCUCCUCGGCCUCGGUAACAACAUCAAACGAGAAGACAUCCCUCUCAGAAUUUUGGAGGAUGUAGCUACUCUCUUGCGCACCUCUCAUUUUCUUAAAGUUUCCAACAAUGGUGGACUAAGGAUCGGUAGAGGAACUAAACUCACCAAACCGGAAGAGGUGCUUGAACAAGUCCACAGAAGAACCCUUGCGGCUUCACCUUUUGAGUACAGCAUUAAGAUGGACGAUGUAGCAUCUUUCUUCUCUCAAUACGCCAAGGUGAACAGUGUGAGGCUACCUCACCACAUCGCAGAUAAGCGACACUUUUGUGGCACUGCUUUGGUUGAAUUCUCCUCUGAACAAGACACUGAAUUUAUUUUGAGGCAGAGUUUGGUCUAUGCAGGCGCCGACUUAGUACUCAUACCAAAGAGUGAUUUUGACUGUCAAAGAGAUAAUCUAAUCAAGCUACUCGGAAUAUCAGGCUCAAGUCCUAGAGAUACCUCCCACAAUGAAUUCGGCAUAGGUCAGCUUGUUAAAUUCACAUUGAAAUGGAUAGCCAGUGGAGAAAAUAUAACGAACAAAGAAAAACCCAGGACUCUGAAUAUUAACAUCAGAGAGAAGGAAGAUAAGGAGACAUGCAUUGCAGAGAGGUUGGAAGAAACUGAUAGAAAGAAGGAAGGUGGCAAGGAGAGAGUUAACACCGCUGAUCAACUUGCUGUUCCCCCAUGGAACACCAGUGAUUCUCUUGGCUCUGAGGUUCUCAAGGAUGUAUUUCAAAGAUUUGGCAGCGUUAAGCACAUAGAAUACUCUCGUGGAUUGGAUUCGGGUUACGUUUGUUUCAUAGAUUCAGAAACAGCAACGAAAGCCCGUGCAGCUGCGGAGUUUGUUGGAGGUUUAGUUGUAAAGAAUAACUUCUCAAUAGCCUUAGAAGCAGUGAAUGGGGAGAUCGAGAGAGAGUUGUGGAAAAGACUAUCAUCAGCUGAGCCGGAAGGAGAAGGGAAAGAAGGUGACAUCAAGGAAAAAGGCAAAGAUUUCGAAUCCGCACAACCAAUCAAGAAGGCACGAAAGGAGCCCUAGUUGUAGUGUUGGUUUUUUUUGUUAUGUCAUACUCUUCUCUACUUUUAUAGGGUCAGCUAAUUCUCAACAAAAUAGAUAUUUCACUUCACUUGACUAUUAUAAUGUCUUCUGUGAGUAGUUUGGUAAACGGUAUUUAUCUUUUUUGGUUAACUUACAGUCCUAACUUA